UCCGCGCGGGGCAGAGCCGAGCCGCAGCCCCACGCGCCGCCCAGGACACGCUCGUCACCACCACCUCCGCAGCACCCAUGGGGACCUGGAGACUUUAAAGGAGUUUGGGGUUUCGGGAGCAGGGAAAUCACGGAUCCCCGCUUCUGGCCCUCGCCUCGCCGCGUCAUUGAUGGGCAACCAACUGGACCGCAUCACUCACCUCAGCUACAGCGAGUUGCCCACUGGGGACCCGUCGGGGAUCGAGAAGGACGAGCUGCGGGUCGGGGUCGCCUACUUCUUCUCGGAUGAGGAGGAGGACCUGGACGAACGAGGCCAGCCCGACAAGUUUGGCGUGAAGGCCUCCCCGGGCUGCGCCCCCCGCCCGGAGAGCCCCAGCCGUCGCCGCCGCCACCACCUGCUGCACCAGCUGGCCCUCAACGAAACUCAGUUCUCCGCCUUUCGGGGCCAGGAAUGCAUCUUUUCCAAAAUGGGCGGCGGCCCUCAGGGCGCCGACCUGAGCGUCUACGCGGUCACGGCGCUGCCCGCGCUCUGCGAGCCCGGCGACCUGCUGGAGCUGCUGUGCCUGCAGCCCGCGCCAGAGCCGCCCGCGCCCGCCCCGCACUGGGCCGUGUACGUGGGCGGCGGGCAGAUCAUCCACCUGCACCAAGGCGAGAUCCGCCAGGACAGCCUGUACGAGGCGGGCGCGGCCAACGUGGGCCGGGUGGUGAAUAGCUGGUACCGCUACCGCCCGCUGGUGGCCGAGCUGGUGGUGCAGAACGCCUGCGGCCACCUGGGCCUCAAGAGCGAGGAGAUCUGCUGGACGAACUCGGAGAGCUUCGCCGCUUGGUGCCGCUUCGGCAAGCGGGAGUUCAAGGCGGGAGGGGAGGUGCCGGCCGGCACGCAGACCCCGCAGCAGCAGUACUAUCUCAAGGUGCACCUGGGUGAGAACAAGGUGCACACGGCCAGGUUUCACAGCCUGGAAGACCUCAUCCGCGAGAAGCGCCGCAUCGACGCCAGCGGCCGCCUGCGUGUGCUCCGGGAGCUCGCCGACCUUGCGGACGACAAGGAGUAGCCCGGGGGGAGCCGCCCGCCCCUCCGGUCUCCCCGCGCCCCGCUCCCUCCCCCGCACGCGGCCUUCCAGGCCGGCGAUUCAGCACCCCCCGACCCCCUUGAGUGGCCGCCGGCAACGGCCAGCGCCCGGGCUGCAGCCUCGCAUCUUUCUGGCAAGUGGCAGGUAGUCCCAGUAACUGGCCCCGGGGCUGAAGGGGCCGCGCUCGCCCGGCUGAGACCCCCAGUGGUGAUGAUGGUGUUGGGAGACCCAGCGUGCGCUUCCCCCUUGAGUUCCUGGAUUCAUUCCCUGAUCUUGACUCAAAAGGUCAGCUCAAUGAACUAUGAACUAGAGUAUUUUUCUUAAGCCUAUUGAGUGAUUUAUUUUUAAAAAAAUGUUUAAAUGCCUAUCUAUGCUUUUCUUUCAGCACCUACAACAGCAAAACUUUUGUAAUAACAAACUUAACAUUUGCAUGUAUGGAGAACUGGAAAUCAUUUAUUUCCCUAACUUAUUCCCCUUUCAAAUAACAGAUGUCGGAUCCUAAACCGAAGUUCUUUAUUGUAUCUACACAGCCCACAUUCUUUACUGUGUCCUCCUACUGUAUCUUGGCUCUCUGCUGUAUUAAAUACCAUCCUAAGCAUCUGUUCGAACAGGACUCCUUCUUGACAUUUUGUCUUCUACCUGUCACUCAGAGGGUGGGACUUUAGCAAAAGAAAUGAAUGGUCUCUCACACCUAAUACUGAGAUUUAUUUCCUCUGAUGGCACAUAAUCUGAUUUUGCUCUUACUAAGAGGGUCACUAUAACAGAGGCUUAGCUUGAUACUUGCUGAGACUAGAUUAGCAAUAAAAAUAAGAGUUUGGCAGCCAAAGUAGCACUCAUCACUAUAUUGGUCUAUUAAGGAUUGGGUUGAUGAUGAUACUUCUACAAAUUCACAAUAGAAAAACACUAGUUACAAAGGGAACUUGAAAGAUCUGUAUAUUACUUAUAUUACUCCUGAAAUAUUUGUUAUCUGUUGGUCAAUGUUAAUAAUAACCAGUGGCAGAAUAAUUCUAAUUGUAGUGCAGUAUAUGAAGAGGCUAUUGUCAAGAUACUGUCUAAUAGUUUUAUACUGGAAAACGUGUCUAUUUUUAGGACGUUCUCAAUGGGAAUGACACCAAGAAGGUGGAAGGUCUCUUGGAAGAUGGUACCGGUAGACUUGAUUUUUAUUAUGAGUAGAUAUAAUAUCUUUGGAUGUUAUCAGAGUUAUAGAAACUAAGCCAAAAGCCUCCUGAUGUUUUAAUAGAAGUCAGGGAUUUAGUCUGGGUUUUCGUUAUCCUCAAGAGAACAGAGCUUCAUAGUAACUUUCAUGAUGUUGAGUGUGGCCUUGCUGGUGGUCGGUCCCAUCAGUGAUGUGGUGUAGAAGAAAACUAUCCACAGACCCCCCAUUCUUUCUCACUUUCAGAAGGUGAUUCUGAAAAGCAAACUACUAAAAAAAAGAUGAAUAUUUUUACUUCAAGGAGUGCUUUGCUACACAUUUGGUAAUUAAGAAAAAAAAAGGAGGUGGAAUGGGGAGAAGGGAGGCAAGGCUUACUUUAAACAAAACCAGUCCUGAAACACUGUUAUUCUCAAAGUAUAUCUUUGUAUAUAAAAAAAAAAUUCUGUAGAAGUUACAUGUAUUGCAUUUCUUUUUUAAAAAAUUAAAAGUAUA